AUUUUAGAACUACACUAUUAUCCUAAAGGACAUAUUAUUAACACAGUGGAUGAUUCUUCAAUCUCGUUUUAAUUGCAGCUAACUUUAGAAGCUGCUUGUUUCUGAGCUAAAUCCCCAAAAAACAGGUUUACGCCAGCCUUUUUACGACACGUGACGCACUUUGUCUAAGUGUACCUACUUCCAUGUAAAUUUUCUCAGAGAUCAAAAUAACCACUAUGGGGUCACCGGCCAUGUGAUCCUUCAAGGUCUUAUCUGAUUGGCCAGUCAAACACUCAUGUCUAUGAAAAGUAGAGAAUCUAUUGAGGUUCUCUCAAUUAGUCGAGGCAAUUUCAAGCAAAUGGCUCCUCCAGUGUUUGCUUUGUACCUGGCCUGUCUGUUCAUACCGAUAAGUGAAUGGGCUGAAGCGACAGAGCUCAAUCAAUCAACAACUUUACGAUUUUUAUCCGUAAAUUUUGGUCAAAAUGUGACUUUGAAAUGUUCCUUUGAAGAUUCUGUAGCAGUGAUGUUUUACUGGUAUAAACAAGCUCUGGGAGAGAAACCUGAGAUUGUGUCUAAAUUCUACAAGCAUGAAAAAAAUGCCACUUUGAUAGGUCCAUUUCAAAGUGAUCCACGUUUUCAAGUGGACGUGACUAUUGGUAAAAAAUACUUAAAGAUCGCAUCUGUGCAGAGCUCAGACUCAGCAAAUUACUUUUGUGUAGGUGGUUAUUCGUACUUGUUCGAGUUUGUGGAAAGCGUUUUUCUCGCCGUGGUGCAUUCAGGCUCCAACGUCCCAGCUUUGGUGCAUCAGUCAGCAUCUGGGAGCAUCCAGCCAGGAGGCUCUGUGACUCUGAACUGUACAGUACAAACCGGGACCUGUGAUGGACAACACAGCGUUUACUGGUUCAAAGACUCUGGAGAAGCUCAUCCAGGACUUAUUUACACCCACGGAGACAGAAAUGAUCAGUGUGAGAGGAAACCAGACACACGGACACGCACCUGUGUCUACAACCUGGAGGUGAAAGAUGUGAAUCCUUCUAAUGUAGGGACCUACUACUGUGCUGUCGCCACAUGUGGAUGGAUAUUGUUUGGAAAUGGGACCAAUAUGGACGUUAAGGAUGUUGAGUCGUUUGUACUGGUGUACCUUUUGAGUGGAGCCUUGGUGUUCACCACCCUCCUGGUGGCCUUCCUGGCUUACACUGUGUACAGAACAUAUAAAGCAAAUGGCUGCCAAUGCACAGACACUGAAGAAAGUUCUCAACCAUCUGUUCCAGCUACAGAGGUUUAUGAAGAUGCAGAGAACCUCCAUUACGCUGCAUUAAGGAGGAACCAAAUGAGCAGAUCAAGAAGACCGAGAGAUGACACUAGUGGUGAAUGUGUGUACUCUCAUGUAAGGUCGUAGGUUCCAGUCAACAGAAC